CCCGUUCCGUUCAGUGUAGCUCAGGCUCUGGCUGGAUGUGGAUGUUGUUGCUCGCAGUUUCUCUUCCGUUCUGCCAUUACUCGAGCUGAGGCCUCUCUGGGCUAAGGAAAUAAGGUCCCCAUGUAUGGCAUACGGUGGAUAGUGCUAGGAGUGUACCUUCUGAGUGGAUGGAGUGCCCGCGGAAGAGGAGAUGUGUCCGAGAGCUACAUUGAGAAACAACAGUACAAUGGCUGGUACAACAACCUGGCACAUCCUAGCUGGGGCUCCGCAGAGACGCGCCUCACGAGGAAGACGCCGUCGAGCUACGCGGAUGGAGUGUACAUGAUGGCAGGGCAGGACAGACCCUCCUCCAGGAAGCUGUCGGAGGUGCUCAUGAAGGGGCGUGACGGCCUUCCCUCCCUCAGGAACCGGACCGCCAUGCUGGCCUUCUUCGGCCAAGUGGUGUCCUCUGAGGUGCUGCAGGCGUCCGAGGCGGGGUGUCCCAUUGAGAUGCACAAGAUCCCCAUUGAGCGUUGCGACGAGAUGUACGAUAAGAACUGCGCCGGAGACAAGUUCAUGCCCUUCCACCGCGCCGGGUACGACUACUCCACCGGCCAGAGCCCCAACAGCCCCCGCGAGCAGCUGAACUACGCGACCUCGUGGCUGGAUGCGAGCUUCGUGUACAGCAUCAGCGAGGCGAGACUCAACAUGCUGCGCUCCUUCAAAAACGGCACCUUCAGGACCGACCCCGACAACCCGCUGCUUCCGCCCCGCAAUACCCAACGCGUCCCUAUGUUCAACAACCCCACGCCGCACGUUCUCAAGAUCCUUAGCCCCGAGAGGAUACUGCUCCUGGGUGACCAGCGGACCAACCAGAACCCCGCCCUGCUGGCCUUUGGCAUCCUGUUCUUCCGGUGGCACAACGUGCUGGCGGGCCGCGUGCAGGCCGCGCACCCGGACUGGGCCGACGAAGAGGUGUUCCAGCACACGCGGCGCCUCGUCACCGCCCACCUGCAGAACAUCAUCAUGUACGAGUUCCUGCCGGCCUUCCUGGGCGAGGCCGCUGACCCCUACGAGCGAUACCGCCCCGACGUGCACCCCGGCAUAUCGCACGUGUUCCAGUCCGCGGCCUUCAGGUUCGGCCACACGCUGGUGCCGCCCGGGCUGUACCGUCGCGGGCCGGGUCUGGACUGUCCCUUCCUCAGCACCCAGAGCGGCGACCCGGCGCUCAGACUCUGCUCAACCUGGUGGGACGCCAACGACGUGAUGGCGGAGAACACGGUGGAGGAGCUGAUGCGGGGUUUGGCGUCGCAGGUGGCGGAGCGCGAAGACGUCAUCCUCUGCUCCGACGUGCGAAACAAGCUCUUCGGACCCCUAGAGUUUUCCCGUCGCGACCUUGGCGCGUUGAACAUCAUGCGAGGGCGGGACAACGGACUGCCUGACUACAACACGGUGCGCAAGUGUUUCCGUCUGCCGCCCAUUGAGCGUUGGGAGGACAUCAACCCGCAGCUCUUCGUCGACAACCCGGACCUCAUCAACCAAGUGAAGGAUCUGUACGGCGGCGACCUCAUGAACGUGGACCUGUAUGUGGGCGGCAUGCUGGAGACGCAGGGAGGGCCGGGGCCACUCUUCCGCGCCAUCAUCAAGGAGCAGUUCACGAGGCUCCGGGACGCCGACAGGUUCUGGUUCGAAAACACCGACAACAUGCUGUUCACGCCAGAGGAGGUGGAGGAGAUCCGGCAGGUCAAGCUUUGGGAUGUCAUCGUCAACGCCUCAUCGGUGGCCCCUGAAGAGAUCCAGCGUGAACUCUUCUUCCACCGCAGCGAUGACCCUUGCCCGCAGCCCAAGCAACUCAACGCCGCCGAGAUGGAGCCCUGCCAGUACCUCCAAGGCUAUGACUACUUCCAGGGCUCCGAGGUGACAUACAUCUACUCGUGCAUCCUGCUUGCCGCCGUGCCCCUGGUGUGUGCCGGGGCUGGAUACGCCACCGUCAAAUUCCAGAACUCACGCCGCCGCCACUUCAAGACCAUGCAGGAGGAGAACAACAACGGCCGCAGUGUGGACAAGAUGAUGGUGAAGGAGUGGCUGCAUCAGAAUCACAAACGCAUUGUAAAAGUCAAGUUUGGUCCCAAGCAAGAGAUCUCUACUGUCAACCGCAAGGGUGAGAAACUGCGCACAGUGGGCAUGAAUGAUGUGGAGACACUGGUGGUGGAGAUCACACAGGAUGCACACAGGAAGCCUAUGGUGCUGCUGCGGCCACCCAAAGACCACGAUCUGGUGUUGGAGUUUGAUACGGAUGCUGCACGCCGCAAGUUCAUCAAUAAGCUGGAGCAGUUCAUGAGCUCUCACCGUAAAGUAGUUGAGAAGGUGCACACCUACAAGGAGCAGAUGCUGGCCAACGCCGAAACGAAGGAGCGCCGCCAGAAGCGCCUCGAGCACUUCUUUAGAGAAGCUUAUGAACUCACCUUUGGCCUCAAGCCAGGUGAGAAAAGGAAGCUGGAGGAUGCCACUAGCGACGUGGUGAUGGUGAUGCGCACCUCUCUCACCAAAAAAGAAUUUGCACGGGCUCUAGGCAUGAAGGGAGACGACAUCUUUGUGCGCCGCAUGUUCAACAUCGUGGACAAAGACAGCGACGGCCGCAUCUCCUUCCAGGAGUUCCUGGACACUGUUGUUCUCUUCAGCAAGGGCACCACUGAUGACAAGCUUCGCAUUAUUUUUGACAUGUGUGACAAUGACAGGAAUGGUGUCAUUGACAAGACUGAGCUUUCAGAGAUGCUGCGUUCUCUUGUGGAAAUUGCCAAGACUAACACAGUUAGUAACCAAGAGGUUGAGGAUUUGAUUGAUGGAAUGUUCAGCUCAUCUGGCAUUGACCACAAGGAUUCCCUCACCUACGAUGACUUCAAGCUGAUGAUGCGUGAAUACAAGGGAGACUUCAUUGCCAUUGGCCUUGACUGUAAAGGGGCCAAGCAGAACUUCCUGGAUACCUCCACCAAUGUGGCGAGAAUGACCAGCUUCCACAUCUCUGAGAUCAGGGAAAGGAACCGUCAUUGGAUGCUCAAGAAAUACGACUCUAUUGCAACCUUCCUGGAGGAGAACAGACAGAAUGUGUUCUAUCUCUUUGUGUUCUAUGUCAUCACCAUUGCUCUGUUCUGUGAGCGUUUCAUCCACUACUCCUUCAUGGCGGAGCACACGGACCUUCGACACAUCAUGGGGGUGGGCAUUGCCAUCACCAGAGGAGCGGCCGCCUCCCUGUCCUUCUGCUAUUCCCUGCUGCUUCUCACCAUGUCCAGGAACCUACUCACCAAGCUCAAGGACUUCAGCUUCCAGCAAUACAUUCCCCUUGACUCACACAUUCAGUUUCACAAGAUCGUUGCCUGCACAGCCCUGUUCUUCAGUAUCCUCCACUCCUGUGGCCAUCUCGUCAACUUUUACCAUGUGUCAACACAGCCAGUGGAAAACCUCAGGUGCCUUACCCAAGAGAUUGCAUUCUCCUCAGACCAGAAGCCAACUGUUGGCUACUGGCUGUUCCAAACACUUACUGGCUUGACAGGUGUGGCGCUGUUCAUCAUCAUGUGCAUCAUAUUCAUCUUUGCUCAUCCGGUCAUCCGACGCAAGGCAUACAAGUUCUUCUGGUCCACCCACCAGCUGUACGUCUUGCUCUAUAUCCUGUCUCUCCUGCAUGGCCUGGCGCGACUCACCGGUGCUCCCAGGUUCUGGAUAUUCUUUGUGGGUCCAGGCAUCAUCUACACCCUGGACAAGAUAAUCAGUCUACGCACGCGCUACAUGGAGCUGGACAUCAUCGAGACAGAACUCCUCCCGUCAGAUGUGGUCAAAGUCAAGUUCUACAGGCCACCAAAUUUCAAGUACCUGAGUGGGCAGUGGGUGCGCCUCUCCUGCACGGCCUUCAGGCAGUCAGAGUACCACUCCUUCACCCUCACCUCCGCACCACAUGAAAACUUCCUCUCCUGCCACAUCAAGGCUCAGGGACCGUGGACGUGGAAACUGCGCAAGUUCUUUGACCCACACAACUAUGUUCACGAUGAAGAGAAUCCUCCCAGGAUUCGACUUGAAGGUCCAUUUGGAGGUGGCAACCAGGACUGGUACAAGUUUGAGGUGGCGGUGAUGGUGGGCGGUGGCAUUGGCGUGACACCCUACGCCUCAAUCCUCAAUGACUUGGUGUUUGGCACAUCAACCAAUAGGUAUUCAGGAGUUGCUUGUAAAAAGGUGUACUUCCUGUGGAUUUGCCCGACACACCGCCAGUUUGAGUGGUUCAUUGACGUGCUGCGUGACGUUGAGCGCAAGGAUGUCACCAAUGUGCUUGAGAUGCACAUCUUCAUAACACAGUUCUUCCACAAGUUUGACCUGAGAACAACAAUGCUGUACAUCUGUGAGAACCACUUCCAACGGCUGAGCAAGAGGAGCAUGUUCACUGGACUCAAGGCAAUCAACCACUUUGGCCGACCAGACAUGACUUCCUUCCUCAAAUUUGUGCAGAAGAAGCAUAGUUAUGUGUCCAAAAUCGGUGUCUUCAGCUGUGGGCCAAACCCUCUCACUCGCAGUGUAAGCAAUGCCUGUGAGCAGGUGAACCGUGGUCGGCGGCUGCCAUACUUCAUCCACCACUUUGAGAACUUUGGCUGAGUGUUGCUGCCCCGCCCAGCUGUAUGGUUAAGUUACUUGGUGCCGCCUUUUUAAAAUGUCCCCGUUUUUGCAUUUUUAUUUUUCUAUCUUUGUUUGUGGCAAUGUCACCCAACUUUCUGUAUCUCUUCCCUGUAUUCCUUCCUUCCUGAUAUAUAUAUGGUCUGUGUACAUAGUAGAUGCCUAGCCUUUCAUCAGCGCUGGUAAUGUACGACACCUAUCAGUGCAGUCCUUGUGUUGCAGUGAAGCAAUUUUGGCAGAAUUUUAAAUAAAAUGAACCAUCAGGGAAAACAAUACUGUAGGGCAAUAAUUACAUUCCAAUUCAACUUUACAUAUUAGAAAAUGUAUCAAAGUCUGGUAUCAUUUAAGAAGUACCCUUGUUUCACUCUGUUGGGCAAAACUCCCUUUCCUGACCAAGUUUGAUGUGCUGAACAUGAAUCUAAUAACCAUUUUUGUAAGCAAUACUUUAAUAUUCUUUCAAGUUGUUUCACUAUUUGAUGUUAUUUUGAGCGUCUGGUUACUCUACUGGGUAGGGCUAGAUUACAUUGUCAGGUCAGGUUUGGUAAGGUAUUUGGUGGGUAGGUUCACUGAUGGGUGGGUGGUGAGUUUGAAAAUAUUAUACAAUAUAUACCUGUCCCCCCAUAUUUGUAGGGGCAACAGGACACAGACUCCUGUGAAUGUUUCACACUUGCCCCCCCAAAACAAUUUUUUUCACAAACUGUACAUAAUAAAGCCUUUUCAUUACCUGAAAGCAGCAUAAACAGCAUCAUUCAUCAGCUGUAUGUACUAUAAGUGUACUGUAAUUUACAUAAACUCUGUACAAAGUUUAUGUACCCAUUAAAAUCUCACUUCACUGUUGGAUACUCACCAAAAAGUCUGUGAUUUCCUUUUUCAACUUUAGCUGCUUAAGUAUAUCAUACCAUGCAUAUUAUAUAAUAAUGAAUGCUUCUUCCUGUAAGAAUUAGGCAACAAAAAUAUGAAACUUGUAAUAAAAUCUGGAUCAUCACUAUAAAACUGCAAGCAACUGUUCAGCUAAUAAACAAACACACUGGUGUCAGUUGCAGGGUUGGGUAAGUAUCGGUAUUGGUACUAACAGUACCUGCUGUGUGACACGAUAACAGUACCAGACUGCUCAGGACUGGUACCAACGGGUAUCUCCAGUGCAGUAUUUCGUAUUCUACAUGUCAUCACACAUGCAUACAAAUGUGUGUAUGAUGACCUGUCAGUAUCAAGUAUACUGAAGACUGCAUUGGCAGCGCCCACUGGUACCGGCACUGAGCAGUCUGAUACUGUUACCUAGUCAUACAGCAGGUUCUGUUAGUACCAGUGCUGGUUACCUGCCCGGCCCAACUGCCGACAUUCCACUUUUUGUUUAUCAGGUGAGCAGGUGCUUACAGCUAUUAUCCAGUAUGAAUUACCCAUCUCAUUAACUUAUUACCUAUUUUUUUAAGAAAUGAAGCAUUCAUUUGCAUGGUAUGAUAUGCUUAAGCACUUUUAGUUGAAAGAGAAAAUGGUAGAGAAUUCAUGGUGAGUACCCAAUAGUUAAAGAUUUUAAUGAUUAUGUAUUUUUAAGAAGUGUGUGUAAAUGACAGUACAGUUUAUAGUAUGCAUAGCUGGUGAAGAAACUACUUAUGACAUUCUAUGCUGCUUUAUGCAUGCAUGCACAGGCCUUAACAACUUUGCUGCCGCCUUUGUGCAUUUUUGGAGAAAUCCACAAAUAGUGAACCUGCGAAUACGGGUGAACAGGUGUAUACACAUAUGGUAACAUCUUAUUGAAUUGGUUAUUAGAUGGAUUACUUGAUUAAAAUCAUUCAGAAAAGUAGUUUUGUCCACUGGCUGAGAUGGCUGUAUUACUUGAUAUCUACCAUAAUUCCCUUAUCAAUAAAACUGUAUAUCAAUGCCAAUCUAUACAUACUGCAAAGUAAACCUGUAAUUAACAGGAACAGAGGAAAGAGGGAUUGUUUGCCUUUCCUUAAUAUCAUGUGAUAAGCUAAGUGAGUGAGGUAAGUCAUGAGGAGUAGUAGCAGUAUAUAUAUUAUAUAAAAUUUUGAAAAUAUGAAAAAAAUAAAAUAUACAACUUA